AUGUUGCAGCAUCUAGCUGCAGCAACAGCAGUAGCUCAGCAAAAUGGGGAAAACCUGCCUGUGCGGCUGCUGGAGGCUACUUGGGCUGUUUUCAAGGCCGACAAGAACUUUUCUUUGGUAGCGCCAAUGGUUCGAUUCUUCACUCGGGAACAAUGCCACGUGUACAUACAGCAGCUGCUGCUUUCUUCCGAGGACAUGUCCCUUGUGUCUUCAGUUUUUGCUGAUCUUAUGCGUUCCCGCUAUAAACUGAGGCAGCAGAAGCAGCAGCAGCGCCUCCAGGAAUAUGGCAUUUCCCCAGAAGAUCUGCUGCUGUGUACAUACAUGCUGCCGUGCCCUAGUGUGGCUGAGAGGAGGAGACAAGCGGCAGCCCUCGAUGUUUGUCUGGGGCUAACAGGGGCCCUUCCAACAUCCCCGACCUCUGAAGAGCUUCUGCCAGUCCACGCUGUUGCUGCAGUUUGUCAGCGGCUGUCAGAAGAUUCGGAAACGCCGUUACAGCCCGUCUUUGGACGCCUACUUUGUCGGGCAGCGCAGCAUCUGCCGUCCCUGGGAGAGUUCCUGUCGUCGGUUGUUUUUCCUGCUCUUAUAGCCAGAGAGGCAUGGCAGUCUCAGUCACUCUGGAAAGGGGUCAGUAUUGCAGUGGGAGCCCUCUGGCCGUCGCACAGCGAGACGCUGCUGCAGCACAUUCUCAGAUUGCCUCAAGAGGCAGGGAAGCCGCUGCUGCAACAACUGCAGCAAAGACUGCCGAUAACAGCGGAAUUAUCGGCUUUGCUUGCGCAAGACCCCACGGCUCGGCAGCAUUGCCCCCCGUACCUACAGGUCUUGUUGGGUCUGGCGACUUAG